GCUGUCGUCGUCUAGUAUGAAGCACUGUCCGGAUGGCGACCGAGAAUAUCGUGUUACUCACCCUGGCGUUGCUGGUCGAUUUGUCGAUCCAACAGCAGAAGGACCCCCUGCAAGACUUCUGCAGACGAUUUGGACAACAGACUGCUGUAAUUGAUAGAAACCUCUACAUCGACGGUGGCCUUGUGAAUUAUAACCCUCUGACUCAAAAUCCUCGGAACUACUCAAACCCCAACCUACUGUACGCAGACCUGGACGUUAAUAACAAUGGCAUGCCCCAGGAAUACGAUAAUCUCACCAAACCAGCGGACGCGCCGGACGUGAGCGGAGGAGUCCUGUGGGCUGAUACGGUGAACAAGAUGCUCUACCUCUACGGCGGCGAGUUUACUCAGGGCUCCCCACAGUCCUUUUCCGGGUGGGCUUACGAUGCCAUAUACAACCGGUGGAAUAUCAUAAAAGCCGAUCCGUCGCAGGGACAGAUCCAGCGGGCGAGUUACGGGGGUGGUAUCGCGGUGCAGGAUGGCGCAACCGGUUACUACUACGGUGGGUGGUUGUCAAAUGCGUCUGUUCCAGGCUGGGGCUCCAACCGCCCCAUGGCGUUGUCUUCCUUCCUCGAAUAUGACAUGCUGCAAAACACGUGGUCCAAUUCGUCAGGCCCAGACUCGACGGGCCGCGCCGAAGGGGUGAUGGUUUACAUUCCGGCAAGCGACCGAGGCAUGUUGGUGUACUUUGGUGGCGUACAGACACCAUAUACUAACAACACAAUCAUUGGCCAAGAUAUGGAUGACAUUCUGCUGUAUGACAUCGGGAAUGACAAGUGGUAUUUCCAAAAGGCGACCGGCCAGAUCCCGGAGAACAGAAGAAGAUUUUGUGCUGGCGUUACCUGGGCUCAGGACCUGUCUUCCUAUAACAUAUAUCUAUAUGGUGGUCUUGCGGCGACUGCUGGCAAUGCCUUCGAUGAUGUCUAUAUUUUGUCCCUCCCAUCGUUUACGUGGAUUAAGUGGUAUCCUACUACUCCCGGGGCUGACUACCCUCAUCAUUCAAUGACUUGUAACGUAAUCGACGGGGCGCAAAUGAUCAUCAUGGGUGGCACAUUCCCGAAUUCCACAGCCUGCGAUAUCCCAACGAACUACGGAAUGCACAAUCUGGACCUAGGGCAGCAGAACUCUCAGAAGGCCAAGUGGUUCAUAUUCAGGCCGAAUAUCACGACCUAUCAAGUGCCAUCCGCCAUAAUAUCAGCCAUCGGAGGAUCCGCCACUGGGGGUGCCAGUGUGAGAGCACCGUCGCAUGGAUUUGAUAAUCCUGAUCUGCAGACCUACUUCCAGCGCACAUAUCUCCCUCCCGCCCGCUCUCCCACCCGGGCUAUCCCAACAUCCACCUCUGCGUCCUCAUCAUCCGCUUCAUCGAAAUCCAAUUCUACAUCUGUAGGUGCAAUUGUGGGUGCUGUUAUAGGUGGUGUGGUGGGUGCAUUGUUAAUCGCGGGUAUUAUCUAUUAUUGCGUCUCAUCUCGCAAGAGAAAGAAGAGGAAUACAGCCGCGAAAGAACAGCAGGAAAUGGCAAUGAAGCCGGACUCAGUAGAUGUUGCCAUGGGCCCAUAG